CCAGAGCCAGGUGGUCUUCUCGAUCCCCGUAUAUUCGGUCCUUUUUUGAACUACGAAUGUUAUUGCGGUAAGUAUAAAGGAAAAGAAAACAGAGGGCAAAAAUGUGAACGUUUAACCAAUAUUGCCAUUUUUAAAAUGCUGGCCACUAAUUUGAGUAAAUUAUUAGGCAUUCCUGCUAAAAAAUUAGAAGAUAUCAUUUAUUUUCAAGCCUAUGUGGUUAUUGAUAAUGGUUCAAUCAGUUCACUAAAAAAAGGAGAAAUUUUAGAAAAAAAAAUCGACGAACUCAAAACUAGCAAUAUUUUACAGGAGGUUAUCCAGGAGCAAAAGUUAGCAGGAGAUAUUCUUGCCAAAGCCGAAGAAUUAAAAGAAAAAAUCACCACCAAGAAAAACAAAAAAGAGGAGAGAACUACCUAUACCAUUUUUUUUGAGGAUUAUUUGGAUUUCUUGGAAAAAUACUGCAAAGUAAAAAUUAGCACCGGCACGGAGGCUUUUCAAGAAUUAUUGGCGGGAAUUGAU